AUAGAGACACAGAGACGAGUGGCAAGAAAUACGGGACACAUUUCCGAUAUUUAAGCAUCUAAGUUUCAGAAUACAAUACAAUAUCCAAGCUGAGCUGGAAAAGUAGUACCGUAGUAGGUUCAACUUCAACCCGCCACUUUCUUUCACACUGUGCGAGUGCAGUACAGAGUCUUUACUCUGGCUGGCCUUGUAUAUGAUGAUAAUAACUUUAGCCGGGCUUAAUUCAUUUGUAUUCUUCAAAAUGAAGCACCAGCAGCAGCAGUUUGAAUUAGAAGAAGAAGAAGAGGAAGAAUUUUAUGAUGAUGAGAAUCCAAGCAAGACGUUUGAUGAAGUCUCCAUGGAAACUAGUAAAAGCUUCGUUAAAGCUCUGCAUGAAUUAAAGAACUUAAGGCCACAACUAUACUCUGCGGCUGAAUAUUGCGAAAAGUCGUAUCUCAACAGCGAGCAGAAACAGAUGGUACUUGACAACCUGAAAGAUUAUGCAGUGCGAGCUCUUGUUAAUGCUGUUGAUCACCUUGGAACUGUUGCCUACAAACUAACCGACCUCUUUGAGCAACAAACGGAAGAUAUCUCGACCAUGGAGCUAAAAGUUUCAUGUCUCAAUCAAGAACUUCUUACUUGCCAAACUUACAUGGACAAAGAGGGUCUAAGGCAGCAGCAGUUGUUGACAUCUGUUCCAAGACAUCACAAGCAUUAUAUUUUACCAAAUUCUGUUAAUAAGAAGGUGCACUUUAGUCCACAAAAUAUACAAAUGGAUGCAAGACAAAAGCUUAUUCAUCAAGCAAAACCACGUGUCUAUCCUUCAGGUAUCCCGGCAUCACAAACUCUUUCGUGGCAUUUAUCAUCGGAAACAUCUUUCAAUGGGAAUCAGCAGUUGCCAACAAGCAGUGAAGACACAAAAGCCUUGAGAGCAACUGCCGCAGCCUUUCAACUGCUAGAUAGCGUAGAUGCUGCAUCUGUAUCAAGUUCCUCAGCUCAUCAAAACCAGCCGCUUGUUGGAGAUCCUACUUCGAAUGUGGCCCUGCCGUCAUUUGGUGUCACCCGAAGGGAUUCUUCAACACAUGCCUCAAAACAAGUAGGCGCACAUAGAUCCUUUGACAAUGCUGGUCGGAAGAUUAUACGUGCUCCAAUUCGCAGCAGAAGCUUGCUGUCAGCCUUCCUGGCUAAACAAAGAACCAAGGCAGGUUGUAUAUCGGGAUAGUCCGCAUAGGAACUACUUAUUAUGUGAGUAAAUAGCUAAGAGUAUUAUCUUUUUGUAAAGACUGAUCCCAUCAUAUGAUCCCAUCAUAUGUAUCUAAAAAGUAAAUUUUAACAGCAAACAAUCUUGAUUGUUCAAAAAGGUCUGAAAAGGCUACAUAUACAGGAAAACUGGAAGAAAAAAAGUUAACUGCUGUGAAAUACCACGGCAUAUACCUAUAA